AUGACACCAACGAACAAGAUGAUGAAGAAUGCCUUGGCAUCAACGACACCAUUUAUUGAAAAAGGUACGUCUCUUCUUCCUUUCGAAACGGACCCUGCAUACCAGACAGGUACUCGCUCGCUUAUUCUAAUCUAUUGCGAAGCAGGCUCAGCGUUUGAGUCUCUAUUCCGUCGAGCGUUACAAUGCCUUCCGAGCGAAGAUGUCGAGCGGCAACGACGAUUCCGAUUUCGAGAUGAUAGUCUGGCGUGUGUGGUGGGGCGGCUGUUGAUUAGACAAGCUGUUAGAACCGCAUGCUCUCUACCUUGGCAUGCAAUUGACAUUGCUAAGACAGAAAGAGGCAAACCAUAUUUGAUAAAUGAAAGGUCUCAUUUGAACUUCAACGUAUCCCAUCAAGGAGAUCUCGUAGUGCUUGCAAGCAGUGAAAAAGAGGAAAUCGGUGUUGAUGUGAUGCGGAUAGAUGACUAUAGAGCUGAUACAGCUUUGGAGCACAUCGAGCGCAUGUCGAAACUGUUUACUAUGGGCGAGCUGCGGAUGAUGCGCAGCAAAAAGACGGAGAAGGACAGAUGGACUGCGUUCUACCGUAUAUGGUGCCUCAAAGAAUCAGUCUUGAAAGCAACCGGUACUGGGCUAGUUAACGACUUGCGUACUCUCGAUUUUCACACUAGCGACGAACAACAUAAACCUGGCUGUUUCAUCACCUCUACGACUUGGGCGGAGAAUAGUGUGAAGCAGCCCAACUGGUUGUUUGAAGAAAGCUUCAUAAAUGACGAUCAUUGCGUAGCUGUUGGCAGGAUUCUACCUGAUGAAAAGAGUGUUUCGUUGGAAAGGGAACAAGCUCAAUUGACAAAGAACUUUUUCCACUUCGUGUCCUUCGAUGAGUUACUGGCUGGAAGCACUGUGGUCAAUCCAAUCGACGAUGGUGGUGCAGACGAUUUUGCGGAGUACAUGGCUAAGUCGAAAAAGACAUGGUGAACUGGUGCCGUUUGUGUCCAAAAUAUUUUUUCCAUGUUAUCAACUAAUCUAAUACACUGUUUUCGUCUUUGAUUUGAAACAUCCCAUCUCACUCAGGUUACGGUAGAAGUUUGCCUGCCCGCAUUAUUUUUAACUUUCUUAUAUAACUGUUUCUCAGAAAUGCAUUGUUGAUAUAAAUCUGGAACUUUUAUGCUGUCUUCUUUAUCUUCAUCUUGUAGUAAAUGAUUCUCAUGCUUCACUUCUGUUUCUCCCUGGCUGUUCCGGCUUCACCUUUUCACUUCAGUGAACUUUUUUAAUUUCAUUAAAAAUCAAGCUGUAUGCUGUAAUAAUCUAUCGACGGACUCCUAUAGUAGGUUACAAAAAUAUUGACAUACAGUAAUUUAGUGCACGC